GCUUCCUGCGUGCUUCUGGACUUACUCGACGACGUGCUCGCUACCUGGCGGCCAUUAGCGCGCGCACACGUCGCCUUCGCCGAGUGCGGAAAGGCAAAACGCGGAGGAGGAAGCGGAGAGGACGGCGAGAGAGCCUCCUGCGAGCGCCAGCAUGGAGCGAGGCUUAGGGGGGCUGCCUCAGCCCUCCAAGCCGGUCAGCAUCUCAUCGAACCGGCCGGUUCACAUGAACUUAUUCGCAACCUGGGAAGUGGACCGUUCUUCGCCCAGCUGCGUGCCCAGGCUCUUCAGCUUGACCCUGAAGAAGCUGGUCCUUCUCAAGGAGCUGGACAAAGACCUCACCUCGGUGGUCGUCGCCGUCAAACUGCAGGGUUCCAAGCGGAUCCUCCGCUCCAACGAGAUCCUUCUGUCUUCGGCCGGCCUGACGGAGACCGACCUGCAGCUCACCUUCUCUCUGCAGUACCCUCACUUCCUGAAGAGGGACGCCAACAAGCUGCAGAUCAUGCUGCAACGCCGUAAGCGCUACAAGAACAGGACCAUCCUGGGCUACAAGACCCUCGCCCUGGGCCUCAUCAACAUGGCCGAGGUGAUGCAGCACCCGAGCGAGGGCGCUCAGGUUCUGGGCCUGCACAGCCAGCUGAAGGACGCCUCGCUACCCGUGGCCGAGAUGCGCGUCUACUCGCUGUCCAGCCAGCCCAUCGACCACGAGGGACCCAAGGCCAAGAUGUCGGACCGAUCUCCAGACAUAGACAACUACUCCGAGGAGGAAGAGGAGAGCUACUCAUCUGAGCAGGAGGGCAGCGACGAUCCCAUCCACGGACAAUACCUGUACGAUGAAGAUGAGGAAGUAAGGAAGAAGAAGCCCCGGCGGAAGCUGACGUCCAACGCCGCCAUCACCAGGCAGCCAAAUAUCAAGCAGAAGUUUGUGGCCUUGCUGAAGAGGUUCAAAGUCACCGACGAGGUGGGCUUCGGUUUGGAGCACGUGUCCAGGGAGCAGAUCCAGGAAGUGGAGGAGGACCUGGAUGAGCUCUACGAUAGCCUGGAGAUGUACAACCCGAGCGACAGCGGGCCUGACAUGGAGGAGACCGACAGCAUCAUGAGCACGCCCAAACCCAAACUCAGGCCCUUCUUUGAGGGGAUGUCUCAGUCUAGCUCCCAGACAGAGAUCGGAAGUCUGAACAGCAAAGGCAGUUUGGGCCGGGAUACUCUGAGCCCGGGGGAGCACCUUCCUACGGAGAAGAUGAAAACAUCCCACAGCCGCACCCUGGACGAGGCAAUUUCAGAGAGCGAGACGCUGGAAGGGGCAGAUCAGGAGCUGCUCGCCGACACCGCGCCCUGCAUCACGGUGUCCGUGCCGGAGAAACCUCGUACGCCCAUGAAGACUGGCAAAAGUGAAAGCCAACCGGCGCCAUCGCCACGGUUGGACGGAGGCCACACCCCCUCCAGGCAGAAGCGCAGCGGCAGCACCCCCAUCAAGUCCAAAGCGCCGAGUGAGCGCGCCAACAGCUCGGACUCGGAAAGGUCGCCCGAGCUGGGACACGGCACGCCGGUGCUGAGGAAGGCCAUGUACGACCAGCUCAACCACAUCCUGUUGGCUGACUCGGCCCUCCCGGAGAGUCUCAUCCUGGUCAAUGGCGGAGACUGGCAGGGGCAGUACGUACUGGAGCAGCUGCAGAUGCACAAGCAGCCGGUGGUGUGCACCUGCUCGCCAGCGGAGAUCCAGGCCGUCCUGUCUGCCAUUCUCACGCGCAUCCAAAAGUUCUGCAACUGUAACGCUUCCAUGCCACGCGCAGUGAAGGUGGCAGCUGUGGGCAGCCAGAGUUACCUGGCUGCAAUCUUGCAAUUCUUCGUGACUCAACUGGCCAACAAAACAUCCGACUGGCUCAACCACAUGCGCUUUCUUGUGGUUCCUCUGGGCUCCCAUCCUGUCGCCAAGCAUCUGGGCGCCCUGGACAACCGCUAUAGCUCCUCCUUCCUGGAUGGCGCUUGGCGAGACGUUUUCAGUCGGACCGAGCCUCCUCCCACAGAUCAACUGGAUGUGGCGGGAAGGAUCGCUCAGUACAUAAGCGGCGCCACGCUCACUCACCAACUUCCCAUCGCUGAGGCCAUGUUGACCUGCAAACACAGGAUGCGAGAGGAAGAAUCCUACCAGAAGUUUAUUCCCUUCAUCGGUGUGGUCAAGGUGGGCGUGAUUGAGUCUGGGCCCUUGUUGGCUGGCGACACAGAGGAGGGCGUUGCUGUGAGCUUGGCCGUCCCUUCCUCGUCCCCGCCAUCCCAUGGCUCCCCCGCAGGGAUGAUCAAGGAAGCGGCCACUCCCCCUUCGUCCCCAUCCAUGGGAAGCGUCGCCGUCCAGGGGAGCCCCGGCAUGUCACAUGGCGUGGACGCCAUCGGGCUGCAGGUGGACUACUGGCUGGCGUCGCUGGCCGAGAAGAGGCGAGAAGGAGAGCGGCGCGACACGGCCUGCAAGAACACGCUGAAGAGUGCCUUUCGCUCACUGCAGGUCAGCAGGCUGCCGAGUGGGGGCGCCGGCGGUGGAGGCGAGCCUCACGGCAUUCAAUUCAGUACAAUGGCCAUGACGGUGGUGACCAAGGAAAAGAACAAGAAAGUGGCCACCAUCUUCCUGGGAAAGAAACCCAAAGAGAAGGAGGUGGACUCUAAGAGUCAGGUGAUCGAAGGCAUCAGUCGCCUCAUCUGCUCGGCCAAGCAGCAGCAGACCAUCCUAAAAGUGUCUGUCGACGGUGUCGAGUGGAAUGACGUCAAGUUCUUCCAGUUGGCCGCCCAGUGGCCUACUCACGUCAAAUACCUUCCUGUCGGACUUUUCGGUUACAACAAGCCCCCCUCCUAGAUGGCAGCGGUUGUCCAGUGGGCACCUUGGCUUGACCUUUGCCCCUCCUACACAUGCACACACGUUGCGCUUUAUGCAAUCCAGACGAACCGUCACAUUCCUUAUGCUUUCCCUUAUCACAACCGGGACCCUUAUUGUGAGAUUUUAAGUACUACAGUGUUCCCCCGCUAAUGUGUGAGUUGACAACGCCCCAAAAAGCUUUAUAAUUGCUUACUGAUGCCACAAGAUGGUGGCAAAGCACUACUUUUCUGUUAUGGACUAACUAAAUGAAGAUGGGAUAAGUAUUUUAAAUAACAUGUUUAAAAGAAAAAAAAAACAGUGAACAGGUUUAUUAUCAAAUUGUGACUAUGCAGGGGAACACUGUACAUUAAAAGUGGCUAUGUAUGUGUAAGAAUGUAUCUUCCAUCGCACAGAACAGGUUUGCCAUGCCACUGUGUGUAUAUGUUGUAUUGUGUGAACAAAAAAUAUGGCAUCUUUGUUCCAUCAAAACUUAAGGACACCAAGUAGGUGACUGUUU